AUUAUUUCCUGACCCACUAACCGGACACUCCGCCCUCGAGUCCCCGGUGAGGACAGCUUCCGUUCCAGAGUUCACAGCUCGAGUUACAGACAGAUAUCUCUCCGCGAUACAGGAUAAUUAGCGGUUAUUAACUAUCGUUAUUAUUAACCGUUCGUUUUUGUAUUUGGGACUUUGUCUAUAAAAGGAUAAAGACACUUUUGGUAAGAAACUCCGCAGAGUUUUGUCUCAAAGCUGCUUCAACUGUCAACUGUUUUCUGGAGGAACUAAACGGGAUCGAGGAAGUGCUUCUAGUAGAAUAGAACCGAGAGAAAAGUUUUUAACCGCAGACUUUUUUUAAAGUCUCGUCAUCAGAAUAGUUGAACAAGUCAGCCACGUCCGUCUGGAUUAAAGCUGCUGCAGUUUGAAAAGAUCCUCUGACUCACACGAACAACACUUAACCCGGUGCUCCACCGGAACGGGGCUGUGUGACGGGCGUGGCGGGGUGGGGAAGUUUGUCCCGGUUUACCUGUGUCUGCGUGUUUGUUCAUGAGAUGUGGUUUGAGGCUCCACUGGGAGAUGAACACAGAGACAUUUCACAGAGACAUUUCACAUUCCGCCUGUAACUAUUUACUUCUGCUCAAUUCUAUUGCGUUUUACAACACGAGGAGACGCACUGACUGACCGGUAGUUUAUACGGUGCUGCUGAUAAACUAGUCGGUCUCGGUUUCUUUCGGCUUUGAGGAGAAAAGUCGCCGUUUUAUUUAUUUUCAACCUUAUCCGUGUUUUAUGGGACACAUCGUGGGAAGCUGGUGUACACGGAUACGAAUACAACAUGAGCUGAGACAGUUGAACUCUUGUCGGAAAGGUUUGGUAAAUCUCCCGGUUCAACCGUGGGAUUGUAUAUUUAAUGUUCUUCAGUAAUAUCUGUUGGGUUAUAUUAUUGAUCCGUCAGUGAUUAUCCGUUAGGUAUUGAUAAAGCGUAGCGCCAUGGCUCUGUCUCAGGUGCAGUGUCUCGAUGAGCAUCACAUCAACUGGCGCGUGACCGAGUCCAAACCCGAGUUCUUCUACAGCGAGGACCAGCGGCUCGCGCUCGAGGCUCUGCACCGGGGGCGAGAGGCCUUUAGCAGCUACCUCAGUGAACAUGACCUCCGACACUUCCUGUCUGAACCGGAGCUCCUGCAGUGGCUGGCGCGCACUGUGGAGGCCUACCGGCCUGGAAGCGAGCACCUCAAGGCCGAGGCGGGAGCGCUGGAGUAUGACGGGGGCAAUGGGCCACUGUCAUUACAGUACUGGCCCGACCGCUCUGAAGGUUCUAUACCCGACCUGGACCUGGGCUGGCCCGACGCCGCGUCAUACCGAGGAGUGACACGUGUCAACGUGCACACGCAGCCCCCGGCUGAUGGCCAAACACACAUCAAGGAGGUGGUCCGGAAGACUAUAUCACAGGCUCAGAAGGUUAUAGCAGUAGUAAUGGAUCAGUUUAGUGACGUUGACAUCUAUAAGGACCUGUUAGAUGGUACAUCUGCUGUAGAUGCGGCCUAUAAGAGAAGAGUUCCUGUCUACAUCGUCAUUGACACAUCUGCUGUUUCCUGUUUCCUGGACAUGUGUUGUAGAGCCACCAUGCACCAGGGACACCUCAAGAACCUGCUCAGAGGCUCAGAAGGUAGACAGAGCUGUGAGGUGACCCCUGACCCUCUCAGUCAGAGAUACAUGCUGGUAGACGGAGACAGAGCUGUGACUGGAUCAUACAGCUUCACGUGGUCGGCGUCUCGUCUGGACCGGAACCUGAUCACGGUUCUGAGCGGUCAGGCAGUUGAGACGUUCGACAAACAGUUCCGUGACCUCUACAUGACCUCUAGGGGUGUGUCCCUCGCCAAGGUUCCGCUGGAGGAGGAGCCUAUCCUGACUUCACCCCCCAUCGCCACCCCUCCCCGCCUGCCAGAGAGCCAGUGGAGGCCCCCUCAGCCCCUCCACCCAGGACUAGCCAAUCUGGAGAAGGUGUACCUGAUCCCAUACCUGCCCACCUGGCCGGAGCCAGACCCCCGCGACGUGAUUGGCUUCAUCAACGUGAGAGACGCGUCCCGCCCCCAACAGAUCCCUGAUACACAGAACAGAACCCUGAUACACAGAACCCCUGAUACGCCUGAUACACAGAACCCUGAUACGCCUGAUACACAGAACCCUGAUACACAGAACCCUGAUACACAGAACCUGAUACGCCUGAUACACAGAACCCUGAUACACCUGACACAAACCCCUCCGCCCCUCCAGUCCCUAAACCUCGCACCCUGCAGCUCCUCAUUAGCCCUGCCCAUUCUCACCAGUCUGGCCAACCACAGGUCAGCCUGGUCCCCAGACUGA